UGGUCAACAUCACUUACGACGACGGUGGGUCGAUUACCUGGUUCGACGCCAAUGCGGACCCGCCUGCGAAUGUGGUCUACAACCCUGGCGAUAUCGCCUGGGUGUUGGCGUGCACGGCGCUGGUCUGGAUUAUGAUUCCAGGACUGGGGUUCUUCUAUUCUGGAUUGCUCAGGCGGAAAAAUGCCCUAUCAAUGAUCUACCUGAGUAUGAUGACUGUAGCUGUGGUUUCAUUCCAAGGGUUCUUCUGGGGCUUCUCCCUAGCCUUUAGCGACACCGGAAGCGCCUUCAUUGGCAAUCUUAGAUAUUUCGGCCUCAGGGGUGUCCUUGAAGAACCAUCCAUCGGCAGCUCUCGUAUUCCCUCUAUCGUUUUCUGUGUUUACCAACUCAUGUUCGCUGCUAUCACGCCUAUGAUCGCCAUGGGCGGCUUCGCCGAACGUGCCCACCUCGGUCCACUCCUUUUCUUCGUUUUCGCCUGGUCCACACUCGUUUACGACCCCAUCGCGUGCUGGACGUGGAACUCCAACGGCUGGGUCUUCAAACUCGGAGGGCUCGACUUUGCUGGAGGCACGCCCGGGCGUGGGUACGGCACCGAGUCGCUCGCGUACAAGCCGCAUAAUACUACGUAUGUGGUGCUGGGUACUAUUUUCCUUUGGUUUGGGUGGUUUGGCUUCAACGGAGGCUCUGCCCUCGCCGCCAACCUGCGCGCUGCCCAAGCGUGCAUCGUGACCAACCUCGCUGCAAGCGUCGGCGGCCUCACCUGGAUGAUCUGGGACUAUCGCAUUGAGAGGAAGUGGUCGGCAGUCGGCUUCUGCUCUGGCGCUAUCGCUGGUCUUGUGGCUAUUACGCCUGGAUCUGGAUUCGUUGGCUCCCGCGCGGCGGUCUUGUUUGGCUUCAUGGCUGGCACACUAUGUAACUUUGCGACACAACUUAAAUUCUUCUUGGGUUAUGACGACUCGCUCGAUGUCUUCGCAUCACAUGCUGUUGGAGGUAUCGUCGGGAACAUCCUAACCGCUCUCUUCGCCCAAGCCAGCGUCGCUGGGUUCGACGGCUUCACCGAAAUUGAUGGCGGCUGGCUCGACCACCACUAUAUCCAGCUGGCGUGGCACAUCGCCGACUCCGUGUCUGGCCUCGGGUAUUCAUUCGCCAUGACUGCGAUCAUUCUCUGGAUCAUGCACUUCAUUCCUGGUCUCCGCCUCCGUGUACCCGAGGACGUGGAGAUUAUUGGGAUUGACGAGUGCGACAUGGGCGAAUUCGCGUAUGACUAUGUUGGGCUGGAGACAGAGCUCAGGCCUUCGGCGUAUGCCCACUCAACGGCGUUUGAGGCGCGAGACUCUGACAUGAAGGAGCUCCGGUCAAAUUCGAAUUAGC